AUGUGUAUCCACCUAGUUAAGAAACACUAUUUCUGCUCGUGUGACGAGACGGAGGUGACGCCGGAGGAUGCCUGGUUACUUUCUGCCACGGACGAUAAACGCCACUGCCGCACCUUCACCUUCUACCCCUGCACCCACACGCUCAGCACAGGCGUCUACUGUACUCCGUACACCUCCGGCAGCAUGGACAAGUUCUACACACUCAUCGAAUCCUUACCCAACACUAUCGUCCUCGUACUGCUGUCCGACUGCAACAGCGACGACUGUCAGAACUCGCGCCCGCGCGAUAAGACAGAUCGAUUCAGUGUGCCGAAUGUGCAGAAGGUGGUGCGGACGGUGAAGAAGGGCGCGGAGGAGGAGAUGCAGAGUACACUGUGGGUGAGGGAGAGGAAUAGGGCGUUGUUGGAGAAGGUGGGGUUGGUGCAGGGGACUGUUAGGGAGGAUGCCGCCUACGCAGAGGGCGCCAGUAGGGGGGCAAGGACAAGUUCUGGGUGA